ACCUGCAGAUAACGGAAAGAACUCUUCUAUGUGCCAGUUUAUUCAAAACAAGGAGCUUUAUUUACUUUCUGGCUCUGCUUCCUUCCCCGCUGUUGUUGUUGUUCUGCCUGGACAGACCCCAAGAUGGACAGGGUCUUACUGGGCUGGACCACUUUCCUGUGGAUGACAGUGUGAAGUGGUGAUUACAGGCAGAGGUCAUGUGAUGUCCAGUUGCUGGCACAGGCAUAAUGGUGGCACCCUGCUGUGACUGAAGCGGUGCAUGUCAAGGUGCCUGAGAAGAAACAGGUAGCCAUGCUCUUUCAACCAGUUGUGCUUCGAUGCCACUUUUCAACUUCUUCCACGCAACCAGCUGUGGUGCAAUGGAAGUUCAAAUCCUAUUGCCAAGACCGCAUGGGAGAAGCUCUGGGAGUUGUUUCUGCAGGGAUCCAGGCAAUAAACAAGAGGAACUUGGAAUGGGAUCCCUACUUGGACUGUGUGGAUAGUAGGAGAACAGUCCGCAUUGUGGCAUCCAAACAGGGGUCGGUGGUCACGACUGGAGAGUUCUACAAAGGAAGAGAAAUCUCCAUUCUCCAUGAUGCAGACCUCCGGAUUGGAAAAUUGAUGUGGGGAGACAGUGGAUUGUAUUACUGCCUUGUCAUUACACCUGAUGACGUAGAGGGCAAGAAUGAGGAGUCAGUGGAGCUACUUGUUCUGGGCAGGACAGGGAUGCUUGCUGGUCUCUUACCCAAUUUUGCUGUGGAGAUUAUGUCAGAGUGGAUGUUUGUGGGCUUGGUGAUCGUGGGGGCUUUCCUUUUCUUUCUCUUAGUUGGGAUCUGCUGGUGCCAAUGCUGUCCUCAUAACUGCUGCUGUUACAUUCGUUGCCCUUGCUGUCCAGAUACCUGCUGCUGCCCACGGGCAUUGUAUGAAGCAGGAAAAGCUGCAAAGGCUGGAUAUCCUCCAGCGGUCACAUCAAUCCCAGGACCAUACUGUAUCCCUACUGUUUUGGGAAGUGGAGUUCCAUCUCACGCUGUCCUUAUGGAGAAGUCACAUCUACCUCCCUUGGCACCAAGUGAAUCAGGCGCAGGAGGACAAAGUGUGCACAAGGGUUACCGAAUACAAGCUGACAAAGACAGAGAUUCUAUGAAGGUGCUAUACUAUGUUGAGAAAGAAUUGGCUCAGUUUGACCCAGCCAGAAGGAUGCGAGAGAGAUAUAGUAACACCAUCUCAGAGCUCAGUUCUUUGCAUGAUGAGGGUGCCAACUUCCGCCAGUCUUACCGUCAGGUGUGCAGGAAAGCACUUCCUCCUUCAGGAGACAUGGAUGGUGAUGCUGAGUACUGGACAGGGGUUGUCAGUGGAGGUGGUACAUCUAGGCCACAAACACGUUCUGAUUACAGGGAAGACAGGGGCAGCUUCAGAAUGAGCCAGCAGAGAUCAAAGUCAGAAAUGCUUUCAAGAAAGAGUUUUUCUAUGGGAGUACCAGCUGUCUCCAUGGAUGAACUAGCAGCCUUUGCUGAAUCUUACAGUCAGCAGGUCCAUCGGACUGAGGCGAGUCAGGAGCCACGGCACUUUGAGAGAUCAGGAUCACGUGGAGGGCCAGUACAGCAUCUGGAGAAUUCAGAUGAUUUUUAUAGCAAACGCAGGGGAGGAAACCGUGAGCCAGUAACGGAUGCAGAUCGGAGUUGGAGAUACAGCCCACCCAGGAGACGUACCCAUGAAGAGAAACACUUGCCUAGGCUAGUGUGUCGGACACCUGGAGGGAGCCAGAAGUAUGAUCACUCCUACCUCACUAGUGCCCUCGAAAGGAAGUCACGAAGCUAUGAUGAGAGUGGUGAACAUAGUGAGACACCUUCAAAGUUCAGCUCACAAUCCAGCCAAAGGGGAGGAACUUACUAUGCUUGGUCACCACCAUCAACUUACAAAGCAGAACAGCAGCAGGAGCAGCAACCUCCACAGCAAGAGGAAGGAGAAGAUACUCUGCCACCAUACAGUGAGAGGGAGUUGAGCCGGGGUUCUUCAUACAAAAACAGAGAACAAUCUAACUUCAAUUCAUCAGAGAAGAAGAGGAAAAAAGAUCCCCCCAAAACAAAUGAAUUCCCAACAAGGAUGUCCCUUGUGGUUUGAUGUUGUUGUAGAAGAGUUGUCUUAAUGGACUUGGAAAACAGAAGCAGAGUCAUGGAAGCUUAAAGGAAUGCUUUCAUAGGGCACAUUCAAAGAUUUGUAUGUUUCACCUUGUGAACUGAGAUCUUAUGUCACAGCCAGUUCCAACCAGCUGCUCUCAUGCAGUUGAUGGACUAACCCCUUGGAAAGGAACAGCUCACUCCACCAGGAAAUGAAACACAGAGGUUUCUUUUGGCAAGUUUGUCCUCUGAUGUCUUUCUGCAAAGGUGCUGUCUUUGUAAUUUUAUCUUGAACCUUCUCUGGAACACUUGCAGUAUUAUAGAAGCUACUUCAAUGUAUAAUAGAAUUUUGGUCUUCUGAUAUGACAGACUUCCCACAUGCACUGGAUCCUAUGUUUCGCAGGAAAGGUUGCCACAGGCUCAGAAAGUUUUCACCAUUUCUCCGCUGUCUCACAUACAGAUGUAAUAAAGACUUCAUAUAAUACUAGGCGACUGUUGUAAUUUAAGAAAUAAGUUUUCAAGAAAAUCUGGAAAAGGAAAUCUUUAUCCUUUUGGAAAUGUCCUGAAACAGAGAUGUGGGGCAUUGGACUAUGAAGGGCAAAAUAGCAAUGUAUGACGUUUGGGAGUUUGUUUUCUUAAUGUCCUGUUCAUUCAGUAAUGGGAGAUGCCAGUGAGAUUAAUGUUUUGUUUUGAAAGUGAAACUCAAUAUAUUUUGCUGUAAUGAAAACGUUCCAUGUUAUUUUGCUAUUGUCUGAUAUGAUGUAUCAGCAUUGCCUUACUGAUAAAGUAUAGCCAUAAAAGGCUUCAGCUGGGGUUGCUGAAUGGUCCUAUCAUAAGUUGAGCUCAUGCUGACAAGACUCUUUGGACAAUUAUCAUUGUUUUAGAAAAGCAAUCAGGAAGAAACAAUAAAACUAGAAAGAGAAAAUUGGGAUGCAAUGAAAACACGCACACACAAAUAUAUACAUUCAGAGAGAAAGUGAAAACAAUAUUUGCAUGUAAAUCUCUGUCUCUCUUUCUCUCUCUUUCUCAUGUUUUUAUUCUUAUACACAGACCAGUAUUACUUUGUGGUUGUUAUUACUGGCUGAGACUAAUCUAAAAGCAAUAGGAAAAAAAAAACCCUAAAAAAAAAAGCUGGAUAAACACCAGCAUUAAGAACUAUUUCAUGUUUUUAUUUUUUAUUUUUCCUUUUCAUAAAGCAUUAAUAGACUAACAGUCAGGUGGCAAUAUUAGCAGCUUGAAGAACUGUUGAGUUUGGUUUCUCUUGUAUGAAGUUGUAGGUAUUAAGAAAUUUAAACUUUAAAAGCCCUCAACACUCCCCCCCCAUGCAUAUUUUUCAUGUGGAACAUUUUCUACAUAAAUAAAUGAAAAAUAAAAGUUUUUAAAAUGUUAAAAAGUAAAAUGUCUGAAGUCUUGCAAGAUCUCAUGUGAAGACCCAGAAUUCUUGAUACAUUUGCCUAACUUAUGAAACUUUGGCCAUUUUUAAUUUUUUUAUGAUUAAAUUAGGGUUAUCGUGUAGUAUUGCAGAAGCUAUAUUGUUACUUAACCUUCCUAAGUUAACAAAUAACAGCAAGGAUUCCUGUUUUAGUUGGUAUCCUAACAUAAGCCACCUUAUUUUAAGUGAGAUCACUAGCUAGACAGUUUGAUUUAUAUUCUGAAAGGUAAUUUUUUUUUUCUUGGUCAGGCAAUUCCUUACUAAGCUUCAUCAAGAUAUCAACAUCUUCAGAAGAUAUUUCAGAGUUGGCAGAAAACCAUUACAUUGUUUCUUAGCUGUACAAAUACUAGGAAAUUUCUUGUUAACAUCUUUGUGGUAAAAAAAUUACAUUGGGCAUACAGAUGAAAAAAACAGACCGCUAUAGUCAUUCACAAACUGAUGCCCACCACAUUCUUGAGUCUUUAAGUCCAAGGUCAAGCAGCAUAAUCUGGCACUCCAGAAGUGUUAGUUCAUCAUAAUGGAAAGUCAUCAGCUUGGGGUAAGCUUAGACUAUACAGUAACAUUUUAGAUAUAGACUAAUA